UCAGUGUGUGUCCUCGGCUGGAGGGUUGUGUUUGAGCAGGAAGCAGAACCCGAGUCCGGGUCUGAGAGGGCUCCGGGUCUGAGAGGGGUCCAGAUCUGAGAGGGGUCCAGGUCUGAGUCUCAGAAACAUGUCCAGAGAGCUGCUGUGAGUCCGACUGGAGGAAUGAACCGAACCGCCAAGUCCAGGAACUACCAGGAGUUCAACGACGACGAUGGCGAGGACGAGGGCGACGCCGAGGCGCGCUCCGCCGGCUUUUUUGACGACACCACCGAAGGCGUGGAGCCCGAGGAGCCGGAGGAGCCCGAGGAGCUGGACGGCAGCAUCGCUCCAGACGAGGACGCCAGGAGCGCCACGCCGUCCCGGAGGUUCAGCAAGUCCUGCGUGAAGAACGUCUUCACCGUGGUGCUGAUCUUCGUCUACCUGCUGCUGACGGCGGUGGCCGUCUUCCUGGCCUACCAGACCAUCUCCGACUUCCUGGUGAAGGUCAACCAGCCCGUCAUGUCCGUCACCUACAAAGAGGUCGACGCCUUCUCGCCCCCCGGCAUCGCAGUGUUUCCUGGGAAAGCCGUCCUGCUGAGCUGCAGACACCACUUCCACGACUCCAUCCCGCCCCUGGUGGACCCUGGGAAACCCCAGGAAGGCGACUGUGACAUGGUGCACGUGGCGUACGUCGGGCCCUUCGCCAACCAGACUGAGAAACGGGCCGUGGUGGUCCGAGGUCCGACAGACGUCCGGAACCGGGAGCUGGUCUUCAUGCAGUUCAGCCACAACGAGACGCAGGAGGACUUCAGCGCCAUCUCCUACAUGCUGUUCGCCAAGUUCACCGACCUGAUCGAGAGUGCAAACCGCUCGGUCUUCAUGAGGGACUGCGAGAGGAACUACUCCAUGUGGACCUUCUCCGGAGGGUUCAGGACCUGGGUCAAGAUGUCUCUGGUCAAGACCGCCGGGAAAAGCAGCGAAGCUGUGGAGUUUCGCCAAGAGUCUGCUGUGGUGAAAUUCAACGACAAACGCAAACCGGAGGACCGGUCCCCCCAGCUGUUCUUCGCGGUGUUCGAGUGGCGCGAUCCGUUCAUCCAGGAGAUCCGCCUGAUCGUCACCGCCAACCCCUGGAGCGCCAUGGCCAUCCUCUGCGGCGUCUUCAUGGCGCUCUUCAAAGCUGCCAACUUCGCCAAGCUGACAAUCCAGUGGAUCCUCCGGAUGCGGAGGCGACAGCUGAGGAACAGAGUCCGGGAGCUGAACCAGAUCACCUGAGGCUGCAGACCGGACCGGGGGGUCUCACGAGGUCUCGGCCUCCCUGCUCUUCAUGUUGGGUCCGUCACGUUUCUCUCAGGUUCAUCUUAAACGCAGAAAACAUUUCUUAAAGCAAAUUUCAAGGGUUAUUUUUAAGUUGUUUCCGGUGCAGAACGGAGGAAACGUGAUGAAAACAUGUUGCUGGACUUAACCUGCUUCUGAACGUUAGAAUUAGGAGUGUCAACGUCUACACGUUCAUAACCGUUUGGGAAAAUCGAUAACCGUGUCCACGUCAUUUUCCUCCUCUUCGUUCUUUUUUCACCUAUAUAUCAUGUUUUUGGGGUCAUGAUGUUUCCUGAAAUCUUCAGAUAAUAACAUUAACUAAAUGUUCCCUGUAGUGCGGUUGUCCUCUUAUAUAAUAGAUACGUGCGGCGCAACGUUACGUUGAUUUAAAAUAAAUAAAUAAAACACAGUCGGGGUUGCGUUAAAGUUGACUCGGAGACGCGAUGGCGGCUAACAGCUAGCGGAGCGCUGAGUGGAGCUUCUCUAACUGGAACUGCUGCUGGGUGGAGGCGGAGUCAGGAGGAGCUGGUUUACAGCAGCAGAGAUCAGUCGCCAUGGAAACGCCCAACAAGCUGGAGGGAGAGACGCUGCUGUUAGCAUCGAUGCUACCGCUAGCGGUUCACAGGCUAGCAUGAGGGAUUUUAGAUGCAACAAAUCAAAGAAAUGUGACAGAACUCAAACAUAUCGGCUUCACAGCUGAAACGGCUCUUCUGUCUGAGAACGGCUGGAUUUAACGGGAUCAUGAGGGACUGGAUCUCAGUGGAGACAGAGCCUCGAGUGGUCAUACAGCGCAGCUGCAAUAGAAAAAGCUAAAUCUCUGACGUCGUUGGAAGUCCCGGUUCCACCGGUAGAGAAGGUCGUAGACGUUGACACCCCCGGGAAGAAGCCUGUUUCAAAGGGAUCGCUGUUGCUGUUCUGUGUGCCGUUUGUCCCAAUCGGCUUUUAUUUCCAGAAUAUAAACGUUGAGGCACGACGGCUGCUUUAGGUUGAUUUUAUGAAUGAAUGUGUUCAAUGUUGAUUCAGUUGACUUGAAAUCUAAAUCUCAUGCUGUUUUAGACUUUUGAAGAAAUAAAUCUCUUUUUUAGCCCUGAACGUCA